GCCCUUAGUUUGUAGGUAUGGCAUUUAGUUCGAGACCACUGUGAAGGGCAGGGGGAGCAGACCCCAGAGUCAUCCCUAAGACCCUCAAGUUUGCUUCUGUCAUGUCCUGUUUGCUGCCAGAGCCUGGAGCAAGUCGAUCCACAGCAGUCCCCAGGGCUCAGGCGAAGGGUCUGCAAAACACAGGCUCCGUGCCACUGAGUGGUGCCUGCCUGCUGUUUCUGCGGGGUUGCUCUGCCAGUGGUGUAUUUCUAGCUACCCGUUCUGCUGCUUUCGUCCUGCCACUCCAUGUGGCAUGGGGGUGGCCGCAAGAAAUCUGCAAGCAGCAGAGGACAGGGAGCUAGCCUGCGCCUUGCCAGGACACUUAGUACUAAGUUACUUUGCUUUGGGAUAGCUUAGGAAAGCAGGACAGAUUUGUGGAGUCCUGGCAUAUCCUCUGGUGCUGGUGGCACUGUGAUUCCCUGCUUAUGCCAGAAACAGUGGGAUGCCCUUCCUGAUCCCUGCUAUGGGCUGGAGGGAGGCAGCAGUGAUCAGUACAUGUUGUAUAGUGUCUGAGGUUUUCUUGACUUUGCUAUGGGAGGUGCAGAGACUUGCUAGCUCUGGGAACCACUGUUUGUGUUUUGUAUCUGCCACACUGUGGCUUUGUUGUUACUCAAGGUUCAUCUCUCCUCCCUGGGGUUGCUGCCCCGGGCAGACGCUGUGUGCCGCCCUGCCUGGGGCAGCACUGUGGCCGGUAGUAACUUCUGUGUCAGGAUUUUGUCCUUGUGUGCUGGGGAAAAACUCUGGGGCUGCUCUGGAAGUUUGGAUCCAUCAGCUGGGCUGUGGGACUGGCCACCCUUUAAAUAAUGUGCUCCUCCUUGUGAGGAACAGAGCUGUGUAUACUGAAUGAGGGGACCAUCACUGGGUGUGAAUAGGAAUCUGCAAAAGAAACCAUGGUCUGAGUACCUAAACCACCAGGACACCCUCGCUGAGGCCCCUGCUGCUUGGCUUCAUGCAUGUCACUCUGGAAAGGAAGCUCAGAGAGAGAGAGAGAAGAAACUUUCAACUCCUUCCCAGCCUGCAUCGCUGGUCCUGCUGAUGGGACCAAAAUAGAAACUGUGUGGCCAGCCUCUCCCCCAGCCCCUGCUCAGCCUCAGCCCCAGGACCAUGGGUGACGUGUUGGCUCACUCUCUGCAUUUCAGCCCUGGUUAAUUCAUGGCUCAAGGCUGUCAGUCUUGCUGUUUGGCUCCUCAGCCAAAUCAGCAGAUUGUUUAUAUCAGUGCUGUCAGGUUUCUUGAUUGCCGGGAGGCAGAUUAUUUACUGUAGUGGCAUAUAAACUUCAUAACAUUAUGAUGGUAGAAAGUUGUCAAGGGAUAUAAAUGCCCAGAGUCAGCCCAGGAGGCUCCAAGGAGAUGGUUUUGUUUUAAAUUAAGAUAAAACACUGUCUUCCAUGGAUUUUGGAAAGGAAAUCACAUUGUUGUAAUGGGAACAUUACUGUGAAUGUUAGGGCUGGCAAACUCUUUACUUUAUGAAGUCUUUGUAGAGGAUCUGAGCUACUCUGGCAGAUGUGCCUUAAAACAGAGCUCAUGUCUGCCCUGAGAAGGUGGUGGAAAAGGAGAUGGCAUCAUGCAGAGCUUGGGGUGAGGUGGGAUAGAGCUGCCACAAGAAGGGUGUUGGGAAAAUGCUAGGAACUGUAUAAAAAGUCUCAGUCCCUUCUGCUUCCAGCUCCUGUUCUUCCCAGAAAACCAAAUGUGAGCAUUUUCUUGUGGAGGGCCAGGCAUGAAGGUGGGAUGGCUUUUGCCUUGCUUUGUUUGAGGUAUGGCUAGGCAGUGUCCUUCCACCUGCCUCUGCCACUUGGAGAAGCCUACUGUGACAAACUGUCAAACUGUGGUGUUUCAUUUCUUUGCCUUGCUACGAUCGUCCCCCGAGGCAGCUGCCGGUCCUUGGUGUUGCAUCUGUCACCCUGACUUGCUCAUUUGAAGAAAGCAUCUUAGAAGUUGUAUCUCCUCCUGUGAUGUUCCCAGCUCCUGACUGGCUGUGUAGUUGUGCUCUUGUUCAGCCAGGUAUAAGAUGAAUACAGAGAGUCUACGCUGACAUAGCUGCCUGUCCCUUGUGAAGCAGUGCUGUGCUGGGACCUCCAGGCUGGCCACCCAGAGUGCCCAGUGACACUGACAGUCUUCUGAGCAAGUUGGCAAACAUACUUGGGUAUUGCCAGGGGUGCCUUCCUCUCAUGUCCAUGCCUGACAGGGACCUCUAUGCAUCACGUGCAGGACCUCAGGGACCACAGGGCUGGGAGGAGGUCCUCUGCACCUGCAUGCAUCUGACCACCAGCUGGUUUCUAAGCACUUGCCUUGCUUUCUGACUAGCAUAGAGGUCUGAAUUCAUCUUGAUCAGGCACAAGAGUCACUGAUAGAUAAGCUGAGAUGUGUCGCCCUCUGAGUACCCUGCUAGGAUCAGAAACUGGCUUCUGCAGCUUGGAGGGGCAACCUUAUGGUUGCAGCAGUAAUCCCUUCCUCUGCAGGGUGACAGUGCAACUGAGGAUGUGCUUGUCCUUGCUCGGGGAAUACCAUGCUCCUGCAGCUCAGAAGCCUGGAAGGGGCCCAUAUAGGUGGUGGCACUUGUUGCAGUAGGUCAAAUAUAUGAAUCCUAAAAUAUAUGAGCAUAGCCCAUAGCUCACCCCUCAUGGUGCUUUGAAAGGCUCGUGGUUUGGAUGGAGCCUCCCUGCCCCUGUGCUGAGGGGAGCCCCAUCUCCUUGCUUAUACUGGACCCAGUGUGGGGGAGUUCCUGCCUCUGUUUUAUUUAUUGUGUGAUGGUAGGAGAGAUGACAGCUGGAAUGGAAAUUCUGAGUAGGAACAAAAUGCAUAGUAUGGGAACUUGCUGAUCACUGCACACCUCACUGCAACCAAAGCCUGAGGGCUGCACCACACCUUGACCAGCAUUUUCCCUUCCCCAUCUGGCACAGGGGCACCUUCCUCAGCAGACCUCAUCUGUGCACAUUGCUCUUGUAAGGUCAGGGAAGCCUGGCUGGGGAGUCCCAGGGAGAGGAGAGGUCAGUAAUGAUGUGUGGGAAGCAGAACAGGAGAGCAGGGACAGGAUCUCAGCAGAGGUGGCGUAAGAACAGUAGCCUACAUGGAAGAUUGAAUAUCAGAGCACUGAAAGGGCAUUGUAGGUUGUGCAAGCUUGUGAUGGAAACAGAGGCUGAAGGCAACCAGCGGUGUGCCAGCGGGGUGGGAAUGAGCAGCAGCACUCUGGAUGGGCUUCUAGGUCCCUCAGUCCCUCCAGUGCCCUGUCAGGGACAAGGCAGGGAGGAGGCACGGAGAUCUUGCUGUCACAUAGGAGUGGCUAUUAAUAACACAAUUUCCUUGUGGCUGGUCUGUACAAGUCAAGUGUCUUUGCCAGGAGAAGACAGCUUGUAAACUGAAGUGGCCUCCUGCUCACACUCUGCCAGCUCUAGUGCCACAGCAGCUCCACAGCACCCACAGCUAGCCAGAACGCAGGAAUCCAGCCAGCUGCCAUCCGGACAGGUGCUCGUCAUGGAACAGGGCAAAGCUCUCAGAUUUGUUUCCCUGGCAGUCCCGUGGUUGGAAAAAAUGCUUUCCAGUUGACUAACUGGAGGUUUGCUGAAAGGUCAGGAGGAGCUGAUGGUGUUAUUAUGUCCAGAUUUCUCUGUGGCUCAAGGCUUGUGCAUUUGGUACCAGCAACAUUCUGCAGUAGGGUCCUCUUGCCUCCUUUGGUGCCAGGAGAGGGGUGCCAGAUUUGUCACUCUGUGAAGGUAACCUGAGAUCUCUCUUGCUUCUGGGCACUGGCAGGAAUAGACCAGGCUGGUGGAGGGACAAAGGGAAUAAUAAUGUGGAGGAAGGGCCAAGAGGGUAUAUGGAACAGGAUCCCUCUGCCUAUCACAGACAGCCUGUUAAGUAUGGUACAUGGGAGUUUGCUCAAGGCUAGUGAAGCAAAGCAGAAUAGUGGAGCUGAAUAUCCAGAUUCUCUUUGUGAUGUGGGCCAAGAUUAUGUCAUGGGGGACACUGCAUGUUCAGCCUGUCUGGUUUUGGAACUGCCAUCACCAAAUGAGGGGUAGCUGCUGGAUGUCUGGAGAGAUGUCUCUAUAACAGCUGAUUCACAAGCUCUGUGUCCACUGUAGUUACAAGAUGCAAGUUUUAACUCUUCAAUCCCUGCUGUGUUUUCCAAGAUGGUUUAGGUCUUGAUGGGACAUGUUCCUGCUUCAGCAGCAUCUCUGCAUUGAGGCCAGGUAGGGUGUGUAGGAUGCUUUGAGGAGUCUGGUAGUAAAAAACACCCCAACUUUCAAGAGCUUUGAUUGCAGAUCAUGAGCAGACCAGAGCUGCUGUCUCCUUCCUUAUUCACAGAAGGAGAUUGAAGUGAUAGUGCAUAUCUGCUCAUAAAUAGAGUUGAUAUCCCAGUACAUGAAGCAGUACUUCCUUUGCACCCUGCAAAUGCCAGGCUGCCUUGAUCCAGCCUCCUUACCUGAGCCGAGUAAUGUGGUCUACAGAGCAGCCACGGGUGCUGGCUCCUCUCCAUCUUUUCUCAGUGACAAACCAUGGAGAUGCCAGAAAUGUGCUGGUGUUAGGCCUGGGGCUUCCAAGACAGCUCUUUUCGGGCUCCUCUCUGUCUAUUGCAUGGUUCCCCAGCUGCUCUGCACACAGCUCUGCUAAUGCAUAUCAACCAUGGCCAGCCCCAGCAGUUCAUCCAUCUGCUCCAUCAGCAGCAUCUCUCACACCUGCAAUACCCCAUUUGGAGCUCAGGUUGGAAGUGAGAUGCAACAGGUGGGGAUACGUACACCCAUCAUAUCUGAGCUGCCACAUGCUGCUGUCAUGGGCUGUCUGAUGGCAAUCUUGUAAUAACCUUCACCACUGGUGGUCAGAGCUUGAUUCCAUGUGCCAUUUACAGGCAGCCCUGAGGAUAAAAAGGUCCUCAGUCAGCUAGUGCUCAAACGUAAAUGUCAAACCAAGGUUGUUCUAGCAGAUUUCCUCAUGAGACUGGUGCAAAAAGGAAGGAAGCUGUGUUAAGAGAUCUUCCUGCCCACAGCAGCAACACAGUAAGCAGUGGAGCAGCUUUGUGCUGGUGGAAUAUCUGGGUUAGGAGGGAACAGCCAUUCAGCUCAUUUGGGGUGCCUUUGGUCAGUAUGUCUCCCCCAGGAGCUAAAACUGGCCAAAAAAAGUCUGUUGCAGUGUACCACAUCCCAUGUUCUCACUUGUGUUUUUAAAUAUGUUUUAUUUUUUCAGACAGUUUUUAAUACCUGUUGGUGAGGAUGCUCACCGGCAGCCAUCUGAACAUGAUCCAGAGUGUGCCAGGUGGCUAUGAAAGCCAACAGCAUCCUGGCCUGUGUCAGUAAUAGUGUGGCCAGCAGGACUGGAAAGUGACUGCUUCCCUGUACUCAGCAGUGGUGAGGCCACACCUCAAGUGCUGUGUCCAGUUUUGGGCCUUCCUCCUGUCACUGAGGUGCUGGAGCACAUCCAAAGGACAGUACAGCUGGUGAAGGGUCUAUAGAACAAGUCUUAGGAGGAGCGGCUGAGGAAGCUGGAGGCUGGUGGGAGACCUUAUUGAGCUCUAUAACUAUCUGAGAGGAGGUUGUAGCAAGGUGUGUGGUCAGUCUCUUCUCCCAGGUAACAGGUGAUAGAACAAGAAGAAAUGGCCUCCAAUUGUACAGGGGAAGUUUAGAUUCUCUGAUCUAUGCUGUUUACUGUGCAUCAUCCUGCAGAUAAUAUGGAGAGGGUACAUGAAUGGAGCACUGCAGUGUUUGGAACAGGCUAGAAGCAGGGUCAUCAGCAAAAUACUGAUGCCCUCCGCAAAGCUGCAUGGGCCUUGGGUGGAUUAAACCUUUUGGUGACCAAAUACCUGCCUACAUUGCUUGCAGUGGUAGGACUUGAGAAAGAUUUCUGUGGAGUAUUUCUGAGGAGGUGUUGUUUUGGCUUUGCUUUCAGUUCAGCCAGGCUUUGGCUGCCCUGAUACUGCUCUCUGGAGGCCAUUGCUUUCCUUCCUUCCUUCCCGCCUCCCUCCCUCCCUUCCUCACUCCUCCCUCCCUUCUUCCCCUACAUUACUGAGUACAUGGAUGGUGAUAAGCCUAUAGAAACUGAAGAGCUGGCUUCCUUGUCUGCAAGGGUGAAGGAGACCAAACCAAGCUUGUCUUUUCCAAAAAUACAAACUCACCUUUGUACUUGUCUAUUAAAAAGAGGUACAGCCCAAUGGGCUGCUUGUGCUACAAGCACUAUCAAAAACUCAGUUUUGUCCAGAAGAUAAAACCUAUGUCCCAUCUUACGUGCAUUUCCCAAAUAAAAAGGGAAGAAGCUUCUGAUAAAUUCACUUGUUUGUGUGGGCCUCGGGUCACUGGAAUUUUGGGCCAGAGUGAUCUCCUGAAGGUUCUCUGAUAUUACUGACCCAUAAGAAUGUAAAAGAGCAUGGGAAGAGAGGAAGGUAGAAGAAGGGGAGGAGAUGUCAGUCUGUGUGGUGGGCAGCAUGCCCAUGCCCUCGUGGUGGGUAGAGGAGAUGCCUUGCACAGCAUGGAAAUCCUUGAGAGUGGUAGUGGUGGUUGGCUGUGUGUGCUUGCAGGCUGCCAUGAUCGAAUCCCCUGCCUUGGGAGCAAUUGAAAAGAAGUCUCCUUCUACCAAACUGUGGGUUUUUUAAAGUUGGCCUUGAAUAAAUCCUCUAGCAGCUGAAGAGAGGUGGCAGCUGGAGGGUGGGAAAUGAAGCACUGUCUCUGGAGGUGGGGAGCACGUGAGCUAGCCAGACUCAGCUCCUUCCACUCAGGCCUUUGCAUGCUGAGCCACUGCCACUGAAAAUGUUGCAGCACCUUCCACCUGUGUCUUUCAACAGACUGCUGCAAUGUCCAGGCAGCCUGUCAAGCUUUUAGAGCUGGGCAGGGAAAGCAUGAGCUUUCCAUAAAGCUCAUUCUCCUGUGAGAGGAAUGUUUUGCUCAGGACAGAUGGGAUGAUCUUCCUAGCUCUCCUCUGCCCUGUUCCAGCCUCUCCCAGCUUCCAGGUCUCCCUGACCUCUUCUACCAAAUUUUCCUGCCCUGGUUUUACUGGCCUUGUUGAUUUUAUUCUGUAGCACUCACAAGGGCUUAAUUUCAAUUUGCUACAAAUUUGGUGGGGCUGGUACCUAGCCAGAGUGGUUCCUGUGUAAAAUGUGGAUCAGCAUCAGGAGAGUGGUAGGGGUAAUGGAGGUGCCAGGGCUGAUCAGCACCUCGGGGUACACAGGAGUUCUGCUUAGUGGAGUGCAGGGAAUGCAGAGGGUCUUCGCUAGGUGGCAACACCUGCUCUGCCAUUGCAGCCCUCUGGGCUGAGCUGUGAGACUCGUGGAGCAGUUAAGCUGUGGGAAGCAACUCUACCACACGCCUCAGGUAGCAUUGCCAUGUCUCCCCCUCCCCGCUUCAGCCUUCUGUCCCUUGCUUCCCACUGUCCCCUUGCCCUGACAGCCACAGCGUGGCCUGGGACUCAUAGGGGAGCCUACUGAAUUCCUGGUCUCUGUGUUAACAGCCACCAUCCGGAUGCAAUGGAAACCUUUUUUAGGAGGCACUUUGGGCGGAAGGGGCUGCGGCGCACCAGCGUGGUGGCUGUGCCCACGGGCAAGGCCAGGCGUCGCUCCCAGGUGGGGCUGCCCUCCCCCUCGCUGGCCCAGUGCCGCCGUGGCUCAGGCACCCCAGCAGCAUCCCUCUCCUGCCUGGGCCUGGUCCGGCGUCCCGGCACGCGGCGCCGCUCCAGCACCACGCCGCCCUGCCUCAGCCCCAGGUUUGCCGUGCAGAAGAAGUGCGGAGGCCAGGCACAAGCCAUUGAUGCCCAGCUGCCGUGUGCCACUGUCCUCCGGGCCAGCCUCGCUCGCACGGGAGCGGAAGGGGACAGGGCUCACUGCACUGACAGCUCCACAUCUGAGUCUCCGGAGGACGGCGGCGCAGGAGCUGAGCAGGGCCAGCAUGAGCAUUGUGCUGAGGAGACGUGGCUGGCCAUGCUGCCCCAGCUGCGGCCGCUGCAGGCCGGGCGUCUGUCGCGGGGCCCCCGCUGCCUGCGGCGCGCCUCCUCCCACCGCCUGCCCGCCGAGUCCCCUCACGGCCGGGCUGCCUACGGCCUGCCGGGCCGCUACCGCCGCCUCAGCCAGCGCCGGCGCUCCAGCGAUGCCCCUCAGCCCGGGCUGCUCCCCUCUGGCCACCCACGGCCGCUGGCCCAGCACUGUGCAGGAAUAGCUGGAACCAGGUGCCCCUCUGCCACCCUCGUCAAGGGUUUGGGACCACAGCACACCUGCCACGCCGCCCCAGAAGGCUGGAGCCCCCGGCUGCUGAAAGCUAUUGCCAAAUCCAGUCUCCAACACAUGGUAGCCCAGCCAAACCCGGCACUAGCCAUGAGGAGCGACUCAGAGAGGCAGAUACGCAGCACUGUGGAUUGGAGCGAGGCUGCGGUCUAUGGGGAGCACAUCUGGUUUGAGACCAAUGUCUCUGGGGACUUCUGCUACGUUGGGGACCAGAACUGCAUGGCAAAGCUUCUGCAAAAACCUCUCUCCAGGCGCAAGUGUGCAGCCUGCAAGAUCGUAGUGCAUACACCCUGCAUCGAACAGCUGGAGAAAAUAAAUUUCCGCUGCAAGCCUUCCUUCAGGGAGUCAGGAUCCCGGAACAUACGGGAGCCCAUUGUUGUCCGACAUCACUGGGUGCACCGGAGGCGGCAGGAAGGGAAAUGUCGGCAGUGUGGCAAGGGUUUUCAGCAGAAGUUUGCCUUCCACAGCAAAGAGAUUGUAGCCAUCAGCUGUUCCUGGUGCAAACAAGCGUAUCACAGCAAAGUAUCAUGUUUCAUGCUGCAACACAUUGAAGAGCCCUGCUCACUAGGGGCUCACGCUGCUGUCGUUGUUCCUCCCACCUGGAUUCUGCGGGUCCGGCGGCCCCAGAAUCCACUGAAAUCUAGUAAGAAGAAGAAGAGGACAUCAUUCAAGAGGAAAUCCAGCAAAAAGGGGGCUGAGGAGGGGAGGUGGAAACCCUUUGUCAUCAAGCCCAUGCCAGCUCCUCUCAUGAAGCCCUUGCUGGUGUUUGUGAAUCCCAAGAGUGGUGGGAAUCAGGGAGCCAAGAUCAUCCAAUCCUUCAUGUGGUAUCUCAACCCACGGCAAGUUUUUGACCUCAGCCAGGGUGGACCCAAGGAGGCGCUGGAGCUGUACCGCAAAGUCCACAAUCUCCGGAUCCUGGCGUGCGGGGGAGAUGGCACGGUGGGCUGGAUACUCUCCAUUCUGGACCAGUUGCGCAUCAAUCCACCUCCUCCUGUGGCCAUCCUACCUUUGGGGACAGGGAAUGACUUGGCCAGAACACUGAACUGGGGUGGGGGUUACACAGAUGAGCCUCUGUCCAAGAUCCUAUCACAUGUAGAAGAUGGGAACAUAGUGCAGCUUGAUCGCUGGAACCUCCAUGUGGAGCCAAACCCUGACACAAACCCUGAGGAAAAAGAUGAGUCAGCUGCUGACAAGCUCCCUUUGGAUGUCUUUAAUAACUACUUCAGCCUUGGCUUUGACGCACGGGUGACGCUGGAGUUCCACGAAUCCCGAGAGGCCAACCCAGAGAAGUUCAACAGCCGGUUUCGGAAUAAAAUGUUCUAUGCUGGGACGGCCUUCUCCGACUUCCUCACAGGGAGCUCCAAAGACUUGGCGAAGCAUGUCAGGCUGGUUUGUGAUGGGACAGACCUGACCUCCAAGAUUCAGGACCUGAAGCCCCAGUGCCUGGUCUUCCUUAAUAUCCCAAGGUACUGUGCAGGCACCAUGCCCUGGGGCAACCCUGGGGAGCACCAUGACUUUGAGCCCCAGCGCCAUGAUGAUGGCUGCAUUGAAGUUAUUGGCUUCACCAUGACAUCGCUGGCUGCCUUGCAAGUCGGUGGCCAUGGGGAGCGGCUCUGUCAGUGCCGGCAGGUGGUUCUCACCACAUCGAAGGCCAUCCCCAUGCAGGUGGAUGGAGAGCCCUGCAAGCUGGCAGCUUCCUGCAUCCACAUUUCUCUGCGCAACCAAGCCAACAUGGUGCAGAAGACCAAGCGGCGCAACUCCAUGCCUCUGCUCAAUGACCAGCAGCCAGUGCCUGAGCGGCUGCGGAUCCGGGUGAGCCGAAUCAGCAUGCGUGACUAUGAGGCACUGAACUAUGACAAGGAAAAGCUCAAGGAAGCCUCUGUGCCACUGGGUAUCAUCGUGGUUCCAGGAGACAGUGACCUGGAGUUGUGCCGAACCCAGAUUGAGAAGCUGCAGGAGGAGGGAGAUGGAGCCAAGCCGAAGACACUGUCAUUCCAGAAGCUGUCACCCAAGUGGUGCUUUCUGGACUCAACCACGGCCGAUCGGUUCUACAGGAUAGACCGCGCACAGGAACACCUCAACUAUGUGACAGAGAUCUCUCAGGAUGAGCUCUAUGUGCUGGACCCAGAGCUAGUGGUCACUCAGACUGUGAGCACUUCUCCUGCCAUGCCUGACCUCGUGGACUCAUCUGCCACAUCCCCUGGACACCAUUUUGCAUUUCCUUCCUGUUCUUCCUCUCCACCCUCCUCUCCUGCCCCCAGCGCUGAGCCUGAGCGCUGCCUCCCACAUAAAGAUGACCUUCUGAUAGAAGCUGCCAAGAAGGGCAACUUCAGCAAGUUUCAAGAGCUGCACCGAGCUGGGAAAGACCUGAUGGUGCGAGAUUCCUCGGGCCAGACCGUCCUCCACCAUGCUGUCAAAUCAGGAAGCAAGGACAUCGUCAAAUACAUCAUUGAGAAUGCUCCUUCAGAAAUCCUCGAUGCCACAGAGGAGGAGAACGGUGAAACCAGCUUGCACCAGGCUGCAGCCUUACGCCAGCGCACUAUCUGCCACUACAUCGUGGAGGCUGGGGCCUCGCUCAUGAAGACAGACCUGCAGGGAGACACCCCGAAACAUCGUGCUGAGAAAGCCAAUGACCCCGACUUAGCUGCCUACCUCGAGAACCUACAGCACUACCAGAUGAUCCAGCGGGAAGACCAGGAGACAGCUGUGUAGUGCUUGGCAUGCCUUAGCCCGAGCCCGCUCACGCAGGAUGAGAAGAGUACAAUGCCAACUGGCAGAACUGUAUCUGGCCCAACCCUCCCCAGAUGCCAGCCUGGUCCCUGGAGAUGGAUACAGAAGAGCUCUGCCCCAGGCUGGGCUGGAACUCUGUUUAUGAGGACAAUGGAUAUUUCAGACUUGAAGCCUGAUUCUUUGUGUGUCUACCCCUUCACCUUUCAUUCACCAUGUUCCCUGCCCUAGGUGGUCUCUAUCCCCAACCAUGCUGGAGCAGGUCAGGCUGAAGCCCCCAGUCACCCUUGUUCAUGGGAGCAAUGCCAGUGCCUCCUCCACAGGCUCCUACCUAUAAUCCUUGUGGGAUAUCAUUGCUCAGCCCCUCUCUCUGCUGGCAGUGCUCCUCUUUUAGGUGCUUGGCUAGGUUUGUGUCCUGUUCCUCCUCUCCUGUCUGGCACAGCUGGGGGAGGCACAGGCUGCAUGGAUAGACUGCAGAGGCUGUGAGUUGCAGACUGCUCCAAAGGAAGCACCACAACUUACUGGCCCUGCCUUCUUCUCCCUGCUGGGGCUGCACCAGAUCUCUGUGUUGCCCUACCCAGAGCCUUCUGCAGCAGGAGGGAAGUCACUUGUGCAUCCAGCCUUUCCUCAGAGCAUCUGGGUCUGGUGCAGCUGGAAGUAGGGCAGCAGGUGCUCCCCUGAUGGGCCUUUAGUGCUCAGUCAGCAGUCUUGACUCAGGGCCGGAAUGCCAUGGAGGAAGGCUACCAAACCCUCCCACCACGCUUCUCUCCGUGGGGCUGGGUGGAACAGUUUGCGCAUCCACUCUGCUGAGCGUCUCUUUGUGAGCCUGCUGCAGGAUGGUGGAGAGCUGCACACAACUGGUGCAGUAGCAGCAGUGACACCUGUUAUAUUUCCCAAAUGCUGACUUAGAUUCAGUUGCCCUCCUUGCUUCAGUGCCCCCAGCAAUGCUAGACUUUGCACGGGGCUGGAUGGGCAGUGCAGGGGUCAGUGCUGCUCUCAGGGAUCCCCUCCUUUCCCCCAGCCUGGCAACAUGCAUCCUCUUAGGCUGAGACUCCUGGUGUUCCCCAAACUGGGCACGUGGCUUUGCAGGAAGCUCACACAGCUGAGACACAACCCACUUGGGCAGACCAUGAACUCAUCCUCUCCAGUUUUGGUAGAAAGAGGGAUUUGGAUUCCCAGGAACCAUCAGGGCUCCUAGCCCUGAGUCAUGUCUGCAGUGGGAAGGAAUUUCACCAACCGCCUGCCAUGGGGCAUGAAGCACCACAAUCUAUCUCCCCUGUUGAUGCUGUGAGUGUUUGAUGCCAAGACAUCAAGCCAGGCCUUUUAAAGAGCAUCAAGCAAGGCUUUUGCAGAACUGAGUCUCUGAGACCAGGAGGUGGUGCCCACAGAGGAAGAAAUCUGAUGGCUCUGAGCCUAGCAGACCUGGUUGGCACUCUUGGGUGUGCAGUGGUUGUGAAGGGGGUUGCUGUUCACAUCUUGGCUCUAGGAGAGGAUACUACUGCUGCCUUGAGCGGUCUGUGCAGUCCCUCUGCACUCACACGCAGGCUGUGCCCACUGGGUAGUACUGGGUGGCACCGUUUGAAUCCCUCCUACUACCAAGAAAAGGGUAUGAGGAUACUGUAGGGAACCAGAAUACCCUUCAGACUUUUUGCCCAGUGGCAGGGUUUCCUUGAAGGAUGGGGGAUGCUGUACUAGGGAACAGAGGCGCAGGGCAGUGCAGGGUGCCCAGGGACCACUGUCAGUAUUGGCAAACAAUAAUGAUAGUGUACUAAUGUAUUGACAUCUAGGACACUCCAGAAGUGCCUGGAGUUCUCAUCAGCAUUGCUGGCAGGCCACUGAUAAACAAGGCACUGUCAUCUUCUCAGAGGUCCAUACCACUACUGCCCCAGAUGGGAUGCCCAACUUGGCCCAGAGGCAUUUAAAGCCUCAGCUUUCCCCUUUCUCCCCUUUAGUUUUGUUAAAGCCUCAGCUUUCCCCUUUCUCCCUUAUAGUUUUUGUACAGGUAGUUGAGAGACACACUGUCCCCCUCCCUGCCUGGCCCCUCCGUGCACCUGUGAGCUGAGUUGCUGUGCAAUUCCAAGUCUGCUUAUAUUUUGGUGAAGAAGGAGGAGGUGUUGGUUACCCUGCCCCCCCGAGGGCAGGGGUUCUGUGCAAUACCUGGGUCUGUGUGUCUUAGACACUGUCGUAGGAUUGUAUUUUUGUAACUAUGUGAGGGUGCUGGCUCCAGCCGGCCCAGGGCCUGGCACGAGCCUGUGUUCCCACUGCUUUUCAACUUUGACUGUUUGGAUGUUGUUGUUUCUUGCCAUUGAAAUAAAGAGAUUGAUGUUUUA